UCAGCCACCAAGGGGAACUUCCUGCGCAGCUCCGGGCCGUAUCCCGACUCCAUCGACUGGAGGAAGAAGGGAAAUUACGUGACACCCGUGAAAAACCAGGGCCCCUGCGGGAGUUGCUGGACCUUUUCCACCACGGGGUGUUUGGAGUCUGCUAUUGCUAUUGCGACGGGAAAGCUCCUCUCUCUGGCGGAACAACAGUUAGUUGAUUGCGCCCAGGCUUUUAACAACCACGGCUGCAGUGGGGGCCUGCCAAGCCAAGCCUUCGAAUACAUACUGUAUAAUAAAGGGCUUAUGGGGGAGGACACCUACCCGUACCGGGCCGAGAAUGGCACCUGCAAGUUCCAGCCAGAGAAGGCUAUUGCGUUUGUCAAGGAUGUUAUCAAUAUCACGCAGUAUGAUGAGGAUGGCAUGGUAGAAGCUGUGGGGAAGCACAACCCGGUGAGCUUUGCGUUUGAGGUGACGGGUAACUUCAUGCACUACAGAAAAGGAGUCUAUUCAAAUCCACGAUGUGAGCACACUCCUGACAAGGUGAACCACGCUGUCCUCGCUGUGGGCUAUGGAGAAGAAAAUGGGACUCCUUACUGGAUUGUGAAGAACUCCUGGGGCCCGCUGUGGGGCAUGGAUGGGUACUUCCUUAUUGAACGUGGCAAGAAUAUGUGUGGUCUUGCUGCUUGUGCAUCAUACCCGGUUCCUCAGGUGUGA